CCACGUGGCAAUCCUUUGUCAUCUUUUCCCUUUCGUGGCAACUCCUCAUCCGUCAGUUAGAAUCUACAAUCGAAAUCCCACCGUUAGUUAAUGUCCCUGAGAGCCCCUCUCCCGAGACGUCGCCGUCUUUACCUUAAUCUUCUUCCCGGAUCCCGGCAAAUCUCACCGCCUACCUUGCCCUGAUAGCUGCUUCAUCAAACUCUCUCUCUCUCUCUCUCUCUCUCUUUCUCUCAAUUCUUCUCCCUCGACUCUUAUGUAUUAGAAUUUAUUUUUUUUUCUUUUGAAAUUCUCUUUUGUUCUUUUUUAAAUAAAAUUACGUUUCGACCUUUUAUUUUCUCGGUGUAAAGUCAAAUCCGUGUUUGGAAUCUGGGAAUCAUCGCGAUGCGGAAGAAUUAAAUGUACUUAAUUGAAGAAAUGAGAAUUCAAAUGCAGGAUUCUCUGAUGCAUGGAUUUCAAUUCUAGCGAUGAGCGAUCAAGUCACUUAAGUUGAAGCUGAUCUCGCAGGAAGCAAAGACUCUUAUCUGAGCUUCUAUUUCUGCGAGAUUGAUUUGUUAUUAAUAGUAUUUUAUUAUUGUUUGGCUUUUGAAUUUCGAUUUGGAAGGGAAAAAUGUCGAAGGUGAUAUACGAAGGGUGGAUGGUGAGGUACGGGAGGAGGAAGAUCGGGCGAUCCUUCAUUCACAUGAGGUAUUUCGUGCUUGAAUCCAGGCUUCUUGCUUAUUACAAGAAGAAACCGCAAGAUAAUCAGGUUCCAAUCAAGACCCUAUUAAUUGAUGGCAAUUGCAGAGUAGAGGAUCGAGGUUUGAAGACUCACCAUGGACAUAUGGCAGCAUUCAACAUUCAGGAAGCAUUAAUCUGGAAGGAAAAAAUUGAGUUUGUAAUUGAUCAGCAUCAGGAGUCCCAAGUUGCAAAUGGUAACAAAUAUAUCUCAUUUGAAUAUAAAUCUGGGAUGGAUAAUGGCAGAACUGCUUCUUCAUCAGACCAUGAAAGUCAGUUUAGUGCACAGGAGGAUGAAGAUGAUGCUAAUUCAAAUUUAUUGCGGAGAACAACCAUUGGAAAUGGUCCUCCUGAAUCAAUAUUUGACUGGACACGAGAAUUUGAUUCAGAAUUGUCAAGUCAGAAUGCCAACAAUCAAGCAUUUUCCAGAAAGCAUUGGCGCCUCCUACAGUGCCAAAAUGGACUCCGCAUUUUUGAAGAGCUUCUUGAAGUUGAUUACCUUCCAAGGAGCUGUAGCAGAGCAAUGAAAGCUGUAGGUGUUGUUGAGGCUAGCUGUGAAGAAAUAUUUGAACUUGUAAUGAGCAUGGACGGAACACGGUUUGAGUGGGAUUGCAGUUUCCAAUAUGGUAGUUUAGUUGAAGAGGUAGAUGGACAUACUGCCAUACUCUAUCAUAGACUGCAGCUUGACUGGUUUCCAAUGAUUGUGUGGCCCCGUGACCUUUGCUAUGUGCGUUAUUGGAGGCGAAAUGAUGAUGGCAGCUAUGUUGUGUUAUUUCGUUCUAGGGAGCAUGAGAACUGUGGUCCACAACCAGGUUAUGUGCGGGCACAUGUUGAGAGUGGAGGAUAUAACAUUUCUCCCCUAAAACCUCGGAACGGAAGACCUAGAACACAGGUGCAGCAUCUGAUGCAGAUUGAUUUAAAAGGAUGGGGUGUUGGUUAUAUUUCAUCAUUUCAGCAAUAUUGUCUGCUUCAGAUGUUAAAUAGUGUUGCUGGACUGCGUGAAUGGUUUUCCCAAACAGAUGAAAGAGGUGCUCCUCCUAGAAUUCCAGUUAUGGUUAACAUGGCCUCUACUUCUCUUUCUUCUAAGAAAAGUCUAAGGCAGCAAGAAUCUUCUGUUCAUCCUGCUUCUCUUGAUCAAAUGAAUAUUGCAAGCAGAAACUCCACCAUUAUGGAUGAAUACUCUGAAGAGGAUGAAGAAUUUCAAAUUGCUGAGGAAGAGCAAGAAGCUUAUAAAACUAAACAUGAGAAUGAUGUGAAGAGAACAGCCUUGGAAGAAGAACCGGUAGAACAAAUCGACUUAUCCUGUUUCUCAGGCAAUUUACGCCGUGAUGACCGUGAUAAUGCCCGUGACUGCUGGCGAAUUUCCGAUGGGAACAACUUCCGAGUUCGUAGCAAGCAUUUUUGUUACGACAAAACAAAGAUCCCUGCUGGAAAGCACUUAAUGGAUCUUGUUGCUGUUGAUUGGUUCAAGGAUACAAAAAGAAUGGACCAUGUUGCCAGGCGUCAAGGUUGUGCUGUGCAAGUUGCAUCCGAGAAAGGGCUUUUCUCAGUGGUUUUUAAUCUGCAAGUACCUGGUUCAACACAUUACAGUAUGGUAUUUUAUUUUGUGACAAAAGAAUUAAUACCUGGGUCUCUCUUGCAACGGUUUGUUGAUGGUGAUGAUGAAUUCCGUAAUAGCAGGCUUAAGCUUAUUCCAUCUGUUCCCAAGGGCUCAUGGAUUGUCCGCCAGAGUGUUGGAAGCACUCCUUGUUUGUUGGGAAAGGCAGUUGAUUGCAACUAUAUCCGUGGUCCCAAAUACUUGGAAGUUGACGUUGACAUUGGUUCUUCAACUGUUGCUAAUGGAGUUCUGGGGAUUGUAAUUGGUGUAAUUACCACGCUGGUAGUUGACAUGGCUUUCCUUGUACAGGCAAAUACUACAGAUGAAUUGCCAGAACGGUUGAUCGGUGCGGUCCGCGUUUCUCACAUAGAGCUCAAAUCGGCUAUAGUCCCAAAACUAGAGCAAGAUAAUUUAUGACCUCUACUGAUUUUACACAAAAAUCAUUUGUUUAGUUAUGAAUGUAUUUCAUUCUCAAAUUCGUUGCAUUGUAUCAUUUAGUUGAAUGGUUUUUAUAUUUAAUUUUGCAUAAAAUUAGUGGAAGUAGAAUCGUUAUAUUAGUUAAUUCUUCUUUUCUGCAUUAGUGGUCUUAUUUCUGUACUGGAAAGUAAAAUGGAAUUUCAGAAUUACUACUUUGGCAUCCAGCCUUCACCGCGGAGCAAUAAUUUUGUAACUUUUACAUAAUACAUAUUAUUUUUGUUAUGAA